AGAAUGUGCAGUGUGGUGAGGUAGUGGGGUUGUCAUGUCUGAAACCAGAGUAAAGUUCGAGAGUCUAGGUAUAAAGAAAUGGUUGGUUCAACAGUGCAAAGGUCUGGGAAUGAAGCAACCCACUCCUGUUCAAAUUAACUGUGUUCCUGCUAUCUUAGCUGGUAAAGACUGUAUUGGCUGUGCUAAGACAGGAUCAGGGAAAACAGCUGCGUUUGCCCUUCCCAUUCUUGAUAUAUUGAGUGAUGAUCCAUUUGGGAUAUUUGCUCUAGUUCUUACUCCUACAAGGGAGUUAGCGUUUCAGAUAAAGGACCAGUUUGUGGCGAUUGGAGCACACAUCAACAUACGUGUUUCCACUGUCAUCGGAGGAAUGGACAUGUUAACACAGAGUAUGGAACUGUCCAGAUCACCUCACAUCGUCAUAGCAACACCAGGCAGACUUGCGGAUCACAUCAACUCGGGAGAUGGUCUCAAGUUGGGCAAAGUCAAGUUUUUGGUUCUCGACGAAGCUGAUCGGUUACUGGAACCAUGUUUUGAAUCAGAUCUGGGCACCAUAUUCGGCUCUCUCCCCAAAAAGAGACAAACCCUCCUGUUCAGUGCAACUCUGACUGAUACGAUAGAACAGUUGAAAUCCAUGUCUGCUACUGCCCCACACGUGUACUGUGACCUUACUGAUAUCGCUACUGUGAGUACACGAUUUAAAUAG